CCUCGGCUUUGUCAAUAAAGUUUGAAGCAGACGUCAGCAGGCCGACUGUCAUGGCGGCGGACAGCUGCAGCUGGUUCUCGGCGUUAGCUGUGGGAGUUUCUCUGCUGAAGUGCUUCUUCAUCAGCGCGUACCGGUCGACGGACUUUGAGGUGCACAGGAACUGGUUGGCCAUCACGCACAGCCUGCCCGUGUCCAGGUGGUACUAUGAGAACACGUCCGAGUGGACCCUGGACUACCCGCCGCUGUUCGCCUGGUUCGAGUUCGGGCUGUCUCAGGUGGCGCGCAGCUUUGACGCAAACAUGCUGCAGGUGGAGAACCUGAACUACGCCAGCCCGGCCACGGUGCUGUUCCAGAGGCUGUCGGUGAUCGUCACCGACGUGGUUUUCAUCUACGCCGCCAGAGAGUGCUGCAGGUGCGUUCGGGACCCAAAGGGAUCUCGGGACAUUUUGAGCCAGCCGUCCUUCGUCCUGGCCGUGCUGCUGCUGUGGAACUUCGGCCUCCUCCUCGUCGAUCAUAUUCACUUCCAGUAUAACGGCUUCCUGUUCGGGUUCCUGCUGCUGUCGGUGGCCAAACACCUGCAGUCUCAGCACCUGCAGGGGGCGCUGCUGUUCGCCUUCCUGCUCAACCUGAAGCACAUCUACCUGUACGUGGCCCCAGCGUACGGCGUCUACCUGCUGAGGAGUUACUGCUUCACUCAGGACAACAAAGACGGCUCCAUCAGGUGGUCGAGUUUCAGCCUGCGGCGCCUGCUGGCUCUGGGCGCCAUCGUGACCUCUGUCUGCGCUCUGUCCUUUGGCCCUUUCAUCGCCAUGGGGCAGCUCCCUCAGGUGCUCUCCAGGCUCUUCCCCUUUAAGCGCGGUCUCUGUCACGCCUACUGGGCGCCGAACAUCUGGGCGCUGUACAACGUGCUGGACAAAACCCUGGCGGUGCUCGGUGUUCGCCUGAAGCUGCUCGACAAGGCGGAGCUUCCCCUGGCGUCCAUGACAGGCGGGUUGGUUCAGGAGUUUGAGCACUCGGUCCUUCCCUCCGUGACGCCCGCCGUCACGCUCGUCUGCACGCUGCUGUCCAUCCUGCCGGCGGCGGCAUCCAUCUGGCUCCGCCCUCGCGGUGCUCGGGGCUUCCUACGCUGCCUGCUGCUCUGCGCUCUGGGCUCCUUCAUGUUUGGCUGGCAUGUCCACGAGAAGGCCAUCCUCAUCGCCAUCCUUCCCCUCAGCAUCCUGGCGGUGGAGAACAGAGAGGAUGCUGGGAUCUUCCUGAUCCUGACCACCACAGGUCACUACUCCCUGUUCCCGCUGCUCUUCACGCCUGCAGAGCUGCCCUUUAAGGUGGCGCUCAUGCUGAUGUUCAGCAUCUUCUCCUUCACUGCUCUCAGAAAGCUCCACAGUGCUCAGGGGUUUCUGCUCCAUCCUCUGGAGGUUAUCUACCUGCUGGGGUUGGUUGCCGUGGCGAUUGCCUGUGAGGUUGUCUUCCCGCUGUCGCCGUGGCAGCAGAGGCUGCCCUUCCUCCCCCUGCUGGUGACUUCGGUGUACUGCGCCAUGGGAGUUUGUUACGCCUUCCUGCGCCUGUAUGCCAGCCUGCUGCUGCAACGGGAGGACAAGCCUAAACUGCUGUGACACGUCGCGGGUUCGAUCCCCAAUACCUCUGCCUCCGAGCAAGGCACCGACAUGACUGCUCACGGGGACGGGUGGCAGGAAGUGGCUGAAAGUGAGCUGAGGAUGCAGCAGGAGGCGCUCUGAGACGUCCUCUGAGCAGCAGUGAGAGGAGCUGAAGCUCUGACAGAGGCUGGAGCUGUGAGGAAGAACCCGACUGUAACUCCACCCAAAACUGCAGAAAGGGCGAGCGGCAGUGAGAGAGUCGUGUUGGUGCAAAGAACUCGAGUGGACCAAAAGCUGCACCCACAAUGUUUUUAGCAGCUUUGUCUGAUUGUUUAAUAAAAAGAUGAACAAAUCUGUGUGUGUGUGUGUGUGUGUGUGUUGCACUCUGCCUUUGAUAAAGGGCCAAAGAUUCAGACGUUGUUCCCGCAGCAGGUCUGAGUUUGGCAUCCUGCUGUAUAAGAACUCCUUGUUUGUGUAUUCAUUUGUUCAAAGGCACAACCACUUAUCA